AUGGCUUCUACCGGCACUGGAGGCAGUUUGCCACCCAACUUCCUCUUGACCCCGCAACAGCAGAACCUUCUCUUCGCUGCUCUCAACUCCAAUAAGCAGCAGCUUUCUGGUUCUUCUACGAACAACGCUGUCUCUAUCUCGCCCAAUUCUUUCCGCAAUUCCGCAGGCCAACAAAAGCCAGCCCAGGCUUCAACUUUCCAGGAGAGUCCCUUCCUCGACAAUUAUGACUACGAUUUCGGCGACUCUGGCUUUGACUUCUCUUUUGCCAGCGAGGAUCAGUCAACCAUGAUGAGGGACCUUCCUGAUGCUGCCGCCGAUUCCACAAACAACGCUGCCUCUGUAGCGUUGUCUGACUCUCCAGAGACCGAGACUCCCGAGAAGCGCAGCUACCCAGAAGAUGAGGACGACGAAGAUAGCCCAGGUCAAGAGCAUAAGCGGCGCGAGAGCACCGACAAGGUUCCCAAGAAACCUGGUCGUAAACCUCUUACAUCCGAGCCUAGUUCGAAACGUAAGGCUCAAAACCGAGCUGCUCAACGUGCUUUCAGAGAACGCAAGGAAAAGCACCUGAAGGACCUUGAGACCAAAGUUGAGGAGUUGGAAAAGGCUUCGCAAGCUGCUAAUCAUGAAAAUGGCAUGCUGCGAGCACAAGUUGACCGCAUGACGGCUGAACUCAACCAAUAUAAACAAAAGGUUACUCUCAUGUCAACUGCCAAGGCUUUGCCUCGAGAAAAGGUCCCCUUUGGUAGUGCUGCAGUUAGCAACCUUGGCGAUGUUAACUUCCAAUUCGAGUUCCCCAAGUUCGGAAUGCUUCCAGGCCCGCCUACCAACAAGACCCAGGGAUCGUCACCUACAAGCCCGGACCAGCAGAAGGCAGCAUACCCGAGCUCUUCCAACAACUUAAACAACAACGCACAAUCGGCACAGCAAUUCAAGGAUGACUUGGCCAAGUUCUCGGGAGUUUUCAGCCCUUCCAUGUCAAGCUCUGCCACUAAUCCUUCCCGUGCGAGCGUUGACUCUGCAAACUACAGUGUCAACGGCGCUUCAAGCUCCCCAUCUGCUUCAUCACAUUCGAACACUGGUCCUAGCUCUUCUUGCGGCACGUCGCCUGAACCUUUCAACCAAUCGCCUAUGGGUUUCAAACCUGUUGAUACAAUGACUACCAUUGGCGAGGAACAGACCAACCAGAACAAUGCCGGUCAAUUCGGCAAUAUCGACCUCAGCAGCACCAACUUCGACUGGCUUUCCCAACAGAAUGGUGGUCAAUUUGAUCCCCAACUUUUUGGCGAUUACCGUGAGCCUCAAGAAAACGUCCUCUCAAACCCAUCGUUCGAUGACUUCUUCAAUGAUGCUCUUGAUAGCGAUUUCUUCACCCCUUAUAACAUGGCGCCAAACAGCCCCAGUGCUCAGAUGAACAACCAACAUAAGAAGGCAUCCAACCUGAUCGAUCAGAUCGAUGCUCAGAAGGAGUCUUGCGACGAUGAGCCUCUCAAGAAGCAGAACAUGAACUGCAAUCAACUUUGGUACGGAGCACUUCCCAAAAUUCAGGAAAGCACGCGAUCUAACUUUGAUAUUAGGGAGAAAUUACAAGCUUGCCCCAAGGCGCAGAAUGGCGAGUUCGAUCUGGACGGCCUUUGCUCCGAACUCACCAAGAAGGCCAAAUGCUCUGGUACGGGGCCCGUGGUGGCCGAAACCGACUUCGACACCAUCCUUCAAAAGUACAUGGGUAAAGAUGUCUCCAGCAGUUGUGUUGCCGAGAAGCUGGGUGUGGAAAUUCAAUCCAAGCAGCCCAACCAGGAGAAGCACCUCGGUCUAUCGGCUUGA